UGCGAUCACGGAGCAUGGACAGUGAAGCAUUUCCCUUACCUCUGUCCUGGACGGUUCCUGUUGGCAGGUGAAAAGCGAGCCAGGAACCUAUUGAGUUGCUAUGGGCAAGGAGGAGCGUCUCUGGCCCACGGCGCUGUGCUCCUUUGUCGCCGCCAUUCCGGCUCUAAUGAUAGGGUACACUUUCGCCUUCCCCUCCUCUGCCAUUCUCGAUCUGACUACAGAGAGUGCAGGCCUCCCCGAAAACUACCGCUUCUCAAUCGCCCUCGCCGAUAUCUUUGCUGUAAGAUCGUAACAUUCUCACACAUUAUACGGGAUCGAGCUAGCUAAUAUUGCGUUAGAAACCGUGGAUUGCACAUCGAUAAAUUACACAAUUUUUCUUGUAGUCUGUAUGUUACUAAACAACAACUACAUCCAAAACAUCAAACUGAAAUCUUGCAGCAACCGUACACACUGUAAUACGGUUAGCUAUACUCACGUUAUCCAUGAAGAUUUCUGAACCAAUUGCUUUGCAGGCAUUGGCUCCAAUAGGAGCGCUAGUUGGAGCACCGCUAUCAGGAGUCAUGUCAGAUCGCUGGGGGAGGAAGGAGGCACUGGUUUGCUGUGGGAUCCCCUACCUCAUUGGCUACCUGUUCCUAACCUACGCUCACUACAUGCCCACUGCACUGGGAUUCCAGGCUCUUGCCUCCACUGGGAGAUUUAUGACUGGAGUAGGGAUGGGCUGGGCUGGUAGUUGUGGACCAGUGUACAUUGGGGAAAUAUCCUCACCGAAACUCAGAGGGCUGUUUGGAACAUUCACUCAAAUAGCCAUAGCUACUGGAAUCGUGUUGAACUACGGAAUAAGCUCAAUCCCCAAGAUCACUUACUUCCACAGCUCACUAGUGGCUGUUGGGAUUGUUGCUGUGUUUGAGUGCCUGGUAGUCUGGCUGAAGGAGAGUCCCAGCUGGUUGAUUCAUCACGGUCAGCACCAAAAGGCCGUGAAAGUACUCCAGUGGCUCAGAGGUCCGAGUGUCAAAGUCGAACAAGAGGUUGAGAGAAUACAAGAGGCUGAGAGUCUGAGUCUGUGGCUAGCGAUGAAGGAGAUGUCGACGAAACGACACAUCGCGAUUCCGAUUGUCCUGGUGAUGCUGUCGAUGUUUUUCCAUCAGAUUGGCGGUGCUCACGUGCUGUCGACUUAUGCUGCACUGUUGUUUGAGAGUGCAGGAGUGGCUGAGCCAGAGCUGACGGCACUGGUUGCAGUGGGUGGAGUUGAACUGGUGGCAACGUUCCUCACCAUCCUAGUCAUCGACUUUGUCGGACGGAAAUUCCUGCUAGUAUUGAGUAGCAUCGGUAUGGUUGUCGGAUCAGCAAUGCUCGGAGCUCACUAUUUCAUCACCCGUCCUUCAACUUGUGACUCUGUGGGUUCCAACAACUCUACUGGAGAUUUUCUUCUACAAGCCCGUUCGGGGGACAUGUUUGAGAAUUGCAUCAACACCCAGUUUGCUCCACUGGCUAUUUCCAGUGCAGUACUGUUUGCGGUGGCCUACUCCAUCGGCUGGGGCCCUGUUCCGUGGGUCCUGCUCUCUGAACUGAUUCCAGUAAGGGUCCGUGGAGCUGCCAGUGGGAUAGCUACUCUCGUGAACUGGGGCUCUGCUGCACUAGUGAUUGGUGUCUACCUGGAGUACUCGGAGGCUGUUAGGGACUGGUUCGCUUGGUGGACGUUUGCCUUUCUCAAUACUAUCGCCGCCGUAUUUGCAAUUGUCUUCAUUCAUGAGACUAAAGGAAAGACUUUAGAGGACAUAGAGAUAUACUAUCAAGAACAUUGGUGUUGAAUUAUCUUCAUUACCCGUGAUAGUGCUAUAAUCAUCACCCGUGUGCAAAUUAAAAAAGCAAGGUAUAUUGUUGUUUGAAAAUCAUGGCAUUUUGUGAUUUGAUUCACCUACAGGCUGAACAUACAUCAUACAGACAACGGCGACAGUACAUGUUUGUAUAUCCGAGGCAGUUCAGACACCCGCAAUUUUCGCAGUCGACGCACUCGACGUCUCGCUCAAUACUGGACCAGCACAUCCCUAGCAGUGGCGCCAGGGCCUCGUAACCCGCCACUAGCGCCAUCUCUAAGAACAAAACCAUCAACAGGACGCCGGGCACGUACACGCGUAUGCCCCCGUCGCCUUCGAGAUGCAACGCGAUGAGUAUUUCCGCCGCCAACUUGAGCGGUAGGCCCAGAGCGAAGGCAAUGAGGUAGCGAAGUGAUACGUGCUGUCCGGGGAAAACGGGCGAGUUCCUGCCAGCCCACACGGAGUCCUCGUCUCGUUUCACGGCGAGGUAGGUAAAGAGGUAGAUUACCCACAAGACGACGGCUAUCCCGUCGAAGAUAAAUAGCGGCGAAAACACGGCGUACCAGCUGAGAGAGCCGUCUUGGCCGGCGGAGAGGGCGCGGAUGAGAGCCAGGACCACAAACACCCCGUGUAGACCCAGCAGUACGGACACUCUCAGGUAGAGAAAGACGCCUUUGCACGUCACUCUCGCCAUUUUCCCCUUCC